AUGGGUAUCAUUAGUUACGUGUUGAGUCAGCAUGGUCUUAUUCCGCUACCUGUUACUGAGUUGUUUGGUCAGGACGCUAAUAAGGUCAUGAAGCAAUAUCAUCCAUUGGGACCCAAUAUGAGUCUAAAUGCUCUCAUUACUAAUAGUGACGAUUUGGAUGAGCAACUAAGUGCCGAAGAAUUCAUCAAGUCAUUGAAAAAGGUUGACUCCUUCGAAGAUCCGAAGAAGAAAUCUCAAAGUGGUACAUCUACCGCGUCAGGAUCCAGCGACAAAAUGGCAAGCACCAAAAUGGAAGAAGAGAAGAAAAAAAUGAUGAUUGAGAAAAAAGGAAGUGCAUCAGAGUUGCUCGUGAAAAUGCGCAGUCGCUUCCAGCAUCGAGCCACUGAACCAGUAUUCCACACUCUAGCCACCAAUGCACCGGAGGCCAGUCUCGAACGCCAGUCAUCCACUGAAGAAGGAUCAACCUUGAAACUGCCUCCACUUGCAACGCUCAAACACGAGCAACGCACUGAUUCUGCUCCAACGCUACAACGUUUCUAUCCUGAGAAAUAUAUCUCAGAAAGUGAUGAUCUCUCAUGA